AUGCCUUCUGCGUCGUCCUUCAUGCCUGCCAAGCUUGCCUCAAUAUCAGCAUCACCAAGCAAGACCGAGAAGAAAGCACAUCCCUACCUACCACGUCGUUCCCACCCGUCCGCAUUCCGCUAG